UUUCUUAGCACAUGCAACACAUUUGAGGAGAAACAUAUUGAGGAGGAGAUAGACUACAGCUGUUUCUGGGGUCCUUUUGGCGUACAAGUCAUUUUCCUUAGCACCUGGAACACGUUUCAGGGAGAAAAUAAUUGAGAGAUGGAUAUUAUUAUAAGAGUCAGAGAAAGUCUUAGUGUGGUGUGUGGGAAUGUGGAUUUUUUUUGGGUCUGCUUCUGAUUGGCUGGAGUGGUGAGAGUUGGAUUAAUGGUCUUUUCUGAUCCAUCACCGGCCUUUUCAAUUUGCAAGGAUGCAGCAGGAAUCGCCGGGAACGUCUUUGCUUUUGGGCUGUUUUUGUCACCUAUACAUACAUUUAGGAGAGUGAUAAGAAACCGUUCAACUGAACAGUUCUCAUGCCUGCCAUAUAUAUAUGCGCUCUUGAACUGUUUGAUCUGUGUGUGGUAUGGCUCACCCUUCAUAUCUGUUGAUAAUGUACCGGUUAUGACGGUCAAUUCGAUCGGUGGAGUUUUUCAGUUGGCCUACAUUAUUCUAUUCAUCGUAUAUGCAGAGAAAACAAAAAAGUUGAGAAUGCUUGGAGUUCUUCUGGUUCUUUUUGGUGUAUUUGCAAUCAUAGUCUACGGGAGUCUGCAAAUAGCUGAUAGAGGCGUGAGGUGGAUCUUUGUUGGGUUAUUGAGUUGCGCUUCCCUCAUAUCAAUGUUUGCGUCUCCAUUGUUCAUAAUUAAUUUGGUGAUCCGCACUCAGAGUGUUGAAUUCAUGCCAUUUUAUCUUUCGCUUUCCACUUUCUUGAUGAGCACAUCGUUCUUGCUAUAUGGAAUUUUUAAUCUCGACGUCUUUAUAUAUGUGCCAAAUGGAAUAGGAACUAUUCUGGGGAUUGUGCAGUUGGCAUUGUACUUUCACUAUAAAAACAAAUCUAGAGAAGAUUGCAGAGAGCAAUUGAUAGUGCAUACGCUUAAGUAAUUAUAUUUGCAGAUAAAGGUAGAAAAAAAAAAGAGGUUGUGUUGUUUCAUUCAUAAUUUUCUUUUUUGAUGCUUUGAAACCAUUUCGGGACAAUACAUCUAGAGGGAAGAAGGGAAGAAGGGAAGAAGCAAAGAGCUAUCUCAUUCUAAAAGCGCCUUCUAUCUCUACCCUAAAAGUCAGAUCUCUGGCUUCGCCUAAGCUCCUCCAGCUUUCGGUGCCCGCUAGCGUGGACAGAGAUGAGUAGAUCAGUGGGAGGAGCCAGGGGCUCGGACAGCGGAGCCAACACCAAGGGAAGAGAUUCUGUUUGAGGUUUAUAGUGAAUGGAAUCCAAUUGCAUUUCUUUAUCUGCUGUGAAUACCUUCUAAUUCUCAUCUAUUUUACUUUCUUCAUACAGAGUAUGCUUUUGUUUCACACUUUCCUAGAACAUAAUCACUCUUUUAUAAUAUGAACGUAUGAGCUUAC